CGAGCGAGAGCCUGCAUUGUGAGCUGCGAAGUGUCGCUUCAACUUCGUGCUGCAUUCUCUUAGCGCGCGCUGCGUCGUCUUUCUUGUUCACCUCCACCAGGCGACGCGGAAACUUUGCAGUGACUCUGCUUUGGGGACGCUAAUCGACUUCUGUCCACCCGCAGCGUCACAACAGUCUAAGGCAGAGGAUUCAAUCAGGAUCUCAUCCGUUGCUUGUGCCUAAAUCAGCUUUGAUGAAGCUAGAAUCCAGAUUGAUCCAAGCAACUGCGGGCGAGCCAGCCCCUAUCCCAAAACGACGGAGACCUGCUUGAGCGUUUGUGUCACUGCAGUCGACAGAACUGGAGGCUGAACCCUUCUUGCUGGCAUGGAUGACCAUGAGGAGCAUGCUGCCAUCCACUUCUCGGAAAACGAGGCACCACGUCAUCUGGACUACCCUUCAGAGAGUCCCUUCUUGGACAGACCUUUGGCAGGCGGCCCGUCUGAACCUCCACUCCUUCAUCAGCAAUCACUCAUGCAACCAGAGUCACUAGAAUGGAGAGAACAGCAGCCUGAGAUCCACGCGAAUCUAGCACCAGCAGCAUCCAACCCGUUCGCAAGCCAGGAGAGCCAGUUUGCCAAAUUUGACAUCAGCGAUGACGUAAUCCCCACUCCUGACGAGCCGGAGCGCCGGGGCUUACACGCCAGCUAUGCUCAGGAAGGGUAUGACGAGUCGAGAAGCGAGUGGCGACGGUUUGAAGAUGAUGGAUACGAGCAACUAGAGGCGGAACAGCAUGGCAUUAGAGAACACCCGGCUGGCCCUGGCUGGGGUGUCCUGGGAGACCGCCAAAGCGGAGCUUCUCAGCCCCCCCAGACCCCUCAUCUGAACCCAGUUGUGCCGAUCCAGGAAGCAGAAGCCGAACCCCAGGGCAGGAGGAAGGGGUACAAGUGCGGUAUCUGCGGCCAGCCAAAGAAGGGCCAUGCGUGUCAGGGAAGAGUAAGAGACAGUGACAGAGCAACAGAGCAAGCGACUGCUCCAUCCCUCCCGUCAACCCCGCUGCUCGAACAAGGCUUCAGUCAGCCAUGGAAUAGCUCCAAUCCCCCAAGUUGCAAAGCCGCAGACACCCCCCGACACCAUCCCCCUAGACCAGAGAGGCACGCCACCCCCCCAGUAGAAAAACCAUUCCCAACCAAUCCUCAUCAGCAUCCCACCAGUCUCAAUCACCAGGCGGAGACUACAACCCCACUUCAUCAGACUCCCGGUGCAGGGACUCAGACUCAGGCUAGGCCAGCGGGCAUGCUAUUGGCUGGGGGCCGCAGCAUAUCGAGGCAGCUCUUCCAAGGCUCUGCUCCAGGAACUAGGAUGGUGAGACUCCGAGAUGCGGGGUCUCCGCAGCGGCCCGCUUUGCCGGCAUCUUCGAGCUCCUCAAAGGAGGGUUUCAGGAGGCCAGGGCAGGGCGCACGUGAUUGCGGCGUGCAGACUCAUCUUGCAAGCCACCCCUCACGGCGCUCCGGCAUCCACUCCCUCCCCGAAUCCUGCCUCCUCCGAAUCCUGGCAAAGCUCCCCCCGUGCACCCUCGCCCUCUCCGCCCUAGUUAGCCGCCGCUGGCACUCCUGCAGCGACGCAAUCUGGCCACUAGUAGAGCGCGCAGACCUGGUGUUGAAUAACGGGUCACCGAAACCCGGUCAGGUUAGCGCCGCCCUGGGAGCGUCCAGGCACGUGACCGAGGUCCUGCAGAAGUGCGUCGGGCUGAGGCGGCUGGUUCUCACAGUGACGGGCCGCAUCGAAGACGCGGUACUCUCAGCAAUUGCCACGUGCCGCCCCGAGCUGACCGACCUUGAGAUUCGUGUUGCGAACAACGGAGUGAAUGUAAUUUCGGGAGCUGCGAUCGGCCUUCUCCUCGCCCGGUGCCAGUUUCUCCGUGUUCUGAAGCUAGACGGCUGCCGGUGCGUGAGCCGCGUCAAGGUCUCCAGCCAGACGCUGACCACGCUCUGGCUUACGGGCUGCGACCGCCUCUUGUUUCUGGAAAUGGACUGCCCCCAAAUGCGCGAGCUCGCGCUCGAUCUAAUCCCUCCGCCAGGGUUUGGCGCGCCGUCCGCGGCCCACCGCGACGCGGCCGCGGCGACCCUCCUCGCCCUGCUCAAGCAAGUGCGCGCGCUCGGCGCGCGGCUGGAGCGCUUCCACCUCUCGUCGCCCUUCUUGAGCGACCGCGCAGUCGCGACAAUUUUCGCGCGCAACUUCAGCAACAUGCGGGCCUUGUCGCUGACGCAAGCGCCGGAGCUGACUGACUUCGGCGUUGACGUCAUCGUGCGCACGUGUCCGAACAUUGAGCUCCUGGACCUGAGCGGGUCCACUGUGACUGACGUGGGCCUACAUCAUCUUGCAACCAGAUAUGCAGAGUCCCUGAGAAGUCUGCUCAUCGCGGGCUGCUCGAAGGUGACGUCAGACGGUCUGGCGGCCGCCGUCGCGGGGCUGCGCCAGCUGGUGCUGCUCGACUGCGGCUACGUCUUUACCGAGUCCACCGCUUUAUCACAAAGGCGCCUCCGGCAGCCCCUUCCAGACGUCUCAAGAGAGACCCGUCCCUUGACCCAAAAACCUCAUAACCCGAGCCUCCGUCUCUCAGACGUCCGAAGCCCGAACGUCCAGACCCCAACCACUAGGAUGCGGAUUUCAAACCUCCAAAGCCGUCCCCGUGAAAGCCCCGAAUCUCGACCCCACGGCCUCCGAAACCCGCAGUUUCGAACCCCGGAUCGUCAAAUCCCAAACCUCCAAACCCCGGACCCCGGCGCAGGGGUGCGCCGCAACCCGGUCGCCCAGCGGGGCGCGCUCUUCCAACCGGGCCCGCAAGCUGCAGGGAUCCCCCGAGAAUGCGCGGACGAAGAGGCUGUUGUGGCGAGCAACAGAAGCCGCCCACCGAUCGAGACGGUUGACGACGACUCCCCUCCAGAAAAGAAGCAGAAGACCCAGAUCGGGAACGUGGGUGUUACCUCGGGAAGAAACAACGAGUUGGAUAAUAACCUCCCUCUUUUUGCCGAGGAGAGUGUUCCCCCGCAAGAGCUUUCCCAGAUGAGCGACACGAUCCCGGCGCCGAACCCUUCCCUCCAAAGUGACCCCUCCGCAAAUGAUCCUCUCCAAAGCGUCCGCCCGGGGGAGCUUUCCAUUCGAAGCGAGACGCUCUCGAAGCUGAGCCUCUGGGGCUGCUCGGACGUCCGUACGCUGGAGCUGGAGUGUCCGGCUCUGGCUGAGCUCAACCUGACGUCAUGCACCGGCCUGACGCCUGGCAACAUCUCGUUGCGCUGUUGGGGCCUCGCGCGGGUGCACGCGGCGGGGUGCAAAGGGGGGGUGGCUGAGGCUAUCCAAGAGCAGGUAUUGACCGGACACUGGUGGGACAGCGAUGCCGGGUCCGGUUCCGGUGACGGCAGCGGUUCCGUCGGCGUGAAGCGACAGGCCGACGGAAGCAAGAGAGUGCAGGCGCUGCGGCAGUCACCUCAGCGAGUUGCGUUGUAUUCGGAGUGAUAGGGUUAACUGUGGUUAACAAUCCUCGGGCAAGUCUCCAAAAUCAGCGCCUAUACGACCUCGGGCGGAGUCUUUAGACGGAGGCUUUAUAACUGACAUUGACAAGAUCUGAGGCGGGUUGUUGCAGUUGUUGUGUUGCUGCUCACGUUGCGAAAAGAUCACCCCUAAUGUUGUGUGGAGUCUAUUGAAUUGCAGGAAGCAGUUUACCCCGGCAAGACACGCACGUAACUUGACCAGGUGAAUCUCGGUGAAGGUCACCCACCAGUGCUUCUUCACAGCAAAACGGGAAAUGUUGGACGCACUGCACGAUUUUAUCACAUCUUGGAAAC